ACCGAAACCCUCAGCAGGAUUACCUUCAGGGCAGCAAAAUGUCAAACACUGACUUCAAAAGACUUGAGUUCUUUAGAAGUAUCCUGAGUGGUUGCAGUGUCGGCCCAUCCUGUAAUAACUCUCAUCUGAUUCUCCACAACACGAGCCUCGACAGCGGGCUGGACAUUCCUGAUGAUGAUGGGUCCCUCUGGCUCAGAAUAGUCAUCUCUGUGGUCUACUUUGUUGUGGCCACAGCAGGAGUGUUGGGGAACUUGUUAGUGAUGUUCCUGCUGUAUUCCACUCACACCAUCACCACAGGCACCAUCAACUUCUUUGUGUUUAACUUAGCUCUGGCUCACUUGCUCUUCUCCCUCGUCUUGCCUUUUUGGGCUGUAGACAUUGCACUGGACUACAGCUGGCCUUUCAGCUUGGCCACAUGCAAAGCUGUGUCUUUACUCACUGGACUCAACGCCUUUGCUAGCUGCUUUUUCCUGACAGCCAUGAGUCUGACCCGAUACUGCUAUGUGGCAACAGCUCUCAAACCGGGCGCCUCCCUGUGCAGCAGAUCUUACACUUCUCCUGUGGCCACGGCUUUUAUUUGGGCUGGAGCACUCAUAGCAGCGAUGCCCCGAGCUGUGUUUGCAGACCUGAGACUUGUGGGCAGUGGCAACGACACAGCAUGCCUGCUCCGUUUCCCAGAUGGUACAGCCUGGCUUGGAAUUAACCAGCUCCUGCGAGUGGUGCUGGGAUUUCUGCUGCCGUACGCCAUCAUCAUCCUCUCCUACCUGCUCCUGCUGCGCUUUCUCUGUCGGCACAAACUCAAGGGCAGCAGCUCUCGGCGAAAGACUGAUAUUUCAAAGUCUGUGGCCGUGGUUGUGCUUUCAUUCUGUGCCUGCUGGUUCCCCUACAAUAUCCUCACACUUUGGGGCGUCCUUAUCCAGCUUGACAUUGUUGAUAUCAGCACCUCAUUCUACUUGGCUCAAACUUACUUUUUUCCUCUGGCAAACUGCUUGGCCUUUACCAGCAGCUGCUUUAACCCUGUCAUCUAUUGUCUAGUGAGAAAAGAAUACCGCGUGGCUCUUCAUAACGUGCUCUUCAAAUUGAGCCUGGCUAUUAUGUCCAAGAUGCCCUACGGCAUUAAUUCUGAGGAGGGGUCGGGACAAACCGGGCAGCUAGCCAUCCCCCUUAACAACAUGUACAGUGAGACAGUCCACACUGACACACGGAGAUAUGUGUCUCUCUCAACACUUCCAACAGUGGUGUCCACCCCAUAAAGCCAUAACACAUUGAUCAGAUUCCUAUAGUGUAUAUAUACACUUAUAUUAUAGUUUUAAGUAACAAAAAGGGGUGUUUUGAUCAAGUGCUUUUGGAAGACCUGUCUUUUCAGGAUGUAAAAUAUGUAUAUUUCAGAUCUGUUGUGAAUAAGCUGCAUCUUAAACACACUUAAGCAUAUGCACCUUUAUCUGUUCAGUAUAGGCAUUAUAAAAGUUUGAACUUUACCUUUAAAUCACUAAUUCACACCAAAUUCUUCUUUUUCCCCUCUGUUAUUUUUGUUCUUCUUGUUCUGUUAUUGAAAACAAUGUACACAUGUCUACUACUGUAGUUUGGAUGGAACAAUUGAUAUUGCUGCACCUUAUGUCUAGAUUGUGGUUGUCUUGUCCAGGUGUGAAUACCUUUUUGUCAUUUGUUGUUUUAAAAUAAAAUAGUUUCUAACCUGCAUCUUUUACUACUUUUUGUGUUUUUGCAUAUCAGCAGAGGUAGGACCAAGUUGUUGAUUUGCAAAUCAGAAGUCUUAAAUAUUUGCAAACCCCAGUCAAGACUGACCAUUUCCAAGUUUUGAGUCCUAAACGAGUCAUAAU